GCGAGCAUAGGGUCGCCUGGCAAGAUUUUUUAUUUAUUUAUUUAUUUAUUUAUUUGGAGGGGGGAAAAAAAAUGAAAAUUUGUUUAUCGCAAACUCGUAAUCCCCGCGUUUGUUCUAGUUGCCCGUACGCUAGGUGCGGAUAAUGAGUUUACAGCGCCAGGGCUGAUUUGGUUCAAGUGUCUUGUUGUGGUGGUUUUGUGUUUUUUUCUCCCAGUAACGGAAGAGGAGGGGGGAGUGUCGCGAGCUCGAGCACUCGAAGAUGGCGCUGUGAGCGCGCGCGAGAUGUCCAACGCCAUUUUGUGUUAAAAAUCAAACCGAAGCGGAGAGAGGGAGCGUUUUUAUUUUUAAUCGACUUGAGUGGAAACGGACCGUCUGAAUUUAAUACGGGAGUCGCAAGAUGCGGUACUUGCUGUUGGAUUGAGAAUUUACAUACACCAAGAAUCAAUAAGGAGGAAACUUGCCCAUAACGUCAGAUAUAACAUCUUUGUAAAAGAAGUUAACCUAUCUCUGAGGUGACUAAAGGGGAAUAAUGGUGAUUUUGCGCCGGGCUCGGCCGCCUGCUUCCGCCCCGACCAGCAAUGAAUCUUGAUUCGCUCUCGCUGGCCUUGUCUCAAAUCAGUUACCUGGUGGACAAUUUAACUAAGAAAAACUACAGAGCCAGCCAGCAGGAAAUACAGCAUAUUGUGAAUCGACACGGCCCCGAGGCAGACAGGCAUUUAUUACGCUGUCUAUUCUCGCAUGUGGAUUUUAGUGGCGAUGGUAAAAGCAGCGGCAAAGAUUUUCAUCAGACACAGUUUUUGAUCCAGGAGUGUGUGUCACUUAUAACCAAGCCAAAUUUUAUCUCGACGCUGUCCUACGCUAUUGACAAUCCAUUACACUAUCAGAAGAGUUUAAAACCUUCACCCCAUUUGUUUACUCAGCUGAGUAAAGUUCUCAAGUUAAGCAAGGUUCAAGAGGUUGUUUUUGGCCUUGCGUUGUUGAAUUCUUCCAGCUCAGAUCUGAAAGGGUUUGCUGCCCAGUUUGUGAAACAGAAGCUCCCCGAUCUUCUGCGUUCGUACGUAGACGCGGACAUUGGGGGUAACCAAGAAGGUGGCUUCCAGGAUAUUGCAAUAGAGGUCCUGCACCUUCUCCUCUCCCAUCUCCUCUUUGGGCAGAAGGGAGCCUCUGGAGUCGGACAGGAACAGAUUGAAGCUUUCCUCAAGACUCUCUGCAGAGAUUUUCCCCAGGAGCGCUGUCCUGUGGUGCUUGCACCACUGCUUUACCCUGAAAAACGGGACUUUCUGAUGGACAGGAUCCUGCCAGACUCUGGAGGGUUAGCUAAGACCAUGAUGGAGAGUUCUCUAGCAGACUUUAUGCAAGAAGUUGGCUACGGCUUUUGUACAAGUCUUGAAGAAUGCCGCAAUAUAAUCAUGCAGUAUGGAGUUCGGGAGGUCACCGCAUCCCAGGUGGCCAGAGUCCUGGGCAUGAUGGCCCGCACUCACUCUGGAUUGUCUGAUGGCAUUCCCCUUCAGUCCAUCUCUGCUCCUGGCAGUGGGAUCUGGAGUGAUGGGAAGGAUAAGACUGAUGGAUCUCAGGCUCACACCUGGAAUGUGGAAGUUUUAAUUGAUGUUGUUAAAGAACUGAAUCCCAAUUUGAACUUCAAGGAAGUGACAUACGAACUUGAUCAUCAUGGGUUCAUCAUUCGGGACAGCAAGGCACUACAGAUAGUGGUGUAUGGUAUCCAAAGGGGACUGGGAAUGGAAGUGUUCCCUGUGGAUCUCAUUUACAGACCUUGGAAACAUGCAGAGGGCCAGCUGUCUUUUGUUCAACAUUCCCUGAUGAACCCAGAUAUCUUCUGUUUUGCGGAUUAUCCCUGUCAUACUGUUGCUAUUGAUAUUUUAAAAGCACCACCGGAGGAUGAUAACCGGGAAAUAGCAACGUGGAAGAGUCUGGACCUAAUUGAAAGUUUGUUACGUCUGUCAGAGGUGGGGCAGUACGAGCAGGUGAAACAGCUCUUUAACUUCCCCAUCAAGCACUGUCCUGAUAUGUUAGUUCUGGCCUUACUACAGAUAAGUACCUCCUGGCACACACUGCGCCAUGAACUUAUCUCUACCCUCAUGCCAAUCUUCUUGGGAAACCAUCCCAACUCUGCCAUUAUUUUGCACUACGCUUGGCACGGACAGGGUCAGUCACCCUCUAUCCGUCAACUGAUCAUGCACUCUAUGGCAGAGUGGUAUAUGAGGGGAGAACAAUACGAUCAGGCCAAGCUCUCUCGCAUUCUAGAUGUGGCUCAGGACCUGAAGUCUCUAUCCAUGCUGCUAAAUGGUACUCCGUUUGCCUUUGUUAUUGACCUUGCUGCACUUGCAUCUCGCCGAGAAUACCUCAAACUUGACAAAUGGCUGACAGAUAAAAUACGGGAGCAUGGGGAACCUUUCAUCCAGGCCAGUGUGACAUUCUUAAAGCGACGGUGCCCUUCCAUCAUGGGAGGCCUGGCUCCAGAAAAGGAGCAGCCCAAAAGUGCACAGCUCCCUCCUGAAACACUGGCUACCAUGCUGGCCUGUAUGCAGUCCUGUGCAGGGAGUGUUUCCCAGGAACUGUCAGAAACAAUUCUGACCAUGGUAGCGAACUGUAGCAAUGUCAUGAACAAAGCCAGACAACCACCCCCAGGAGUCAUGCCAAAGGGACGUGCUCCUAGCACCAGCAGCUUAGAUGCUAUCUCCCCUGUACAGGUAUCGGUCUCCGUCUCCCCUCUUCAGAUUGAUCCCUUGUCUGGGAUGGCAUCUCUGAAUAUAAGUGGCUCUGCUGCGUCCCACACGCAGAGCAUGCAGGGAUUUCCCACAAACCUGAGUUCUGCAUUCAGCAACCCCCAGUCACCAGCCAAGGCUUUCCCUGCUCUCACCAAUCCCAGCCAGACAACACCAUUCAGUGGCAUUGGAGGCCUCUCAUCUCAACUUCCAGGUUCUUUAGGAUCGAGUAGCUUGACAAGCAUGGGAAGUGGACUUGGUAUACCAACUGUGAACAGUGACCCUUUUGGACAGAGAAAGAUGAGCACAUCUGGAUUGAACCCACCCACCUUCCAGCAGAGUAAGAUAAUGCCUUCUGAUCUCUCUCAGGUGUGGCCUGAGGCAAACCAGCACUUUAGCAAAGAGAUUGAUGAUGAAGCCAACAGCUACUUUCAGCGCAUUUACAAUCAUCCACCUCACCCCACCAUGUCCGUGGAUGAGGUCCUGGAGAUGUUGCAGAGGUUCAAGGACUCCAACAUUAAGCGGGAGCGUGAAGUGUUUAAUUGCAUGCUGAGGAACCUAUUUGAGGAGUAUCGUUUCUUCCCUCAGUAUCCUGACAAGGAACUGCACAUCACUGCCUGCCUCUUUGGUGGAAUCAUUGAGAAGGGACUGGUCACGUACAUGGCGCUGGGGCUGGCCCUGCGCUAUGUCCUUGAAGCCUUAAGGAAACCAUUUGGAUCCAAGAUGUAUUACUUUGGUAUCGCUGCCCUAGAUAGAUUUAAAAAUAGAUUGAAGGAUUAUCCCCAGUAUUGUCAGCACUUGGCAUCUAUUACUCACUUUCUACAGUUCCCUCAUCAUUUACAGGAGUGUGUGCAGUAUAUCGAGUAUGGGCAACAGUCCCGCGACCCUCCAGUGAAGAUGCAGGGCUCGAUCACUACGCCUGGCAGCCUUGCUCUUGCACAGGCUCAGGCUCAGGCUCAAGUGCCCCCCAAGGCUCCUCUCCCUGGCCAGGUUAGCACCAUAGUAACAACAUCUACCACAGCCACUGUUGCUAAAACCACUACCAUCACCCGCCCCACUGGAGUCAGCUUCAAGAAGGAUGUGCCUCCUUCCAUAAACACAACCAACAUUGACACACUGCUUGUGGCCACAGACCAAACAGAAAGAAUAGUGGAGCCACCUGAAAAUGUUCAAGAGAAGAUUGCCUUCAUCUUUAACAAUCUCUCUCAGUCCAAUAUGGCACAAAAGGUUGAAGAGCUGAAGGAGACCGUGAAAGAGGAGUUUAUGCCUUGGGUUUCGCAAUAUCUCGUGAUGAAGAGAGUCAGCAUUGAGCCCAACUUUCACAGCCUUUACUCCAACUUCCUGGAUACACUGAAAAACCAAGAUUUUAUCAAAAUGGUUCUAAGUGAAACCUACAGAAAUAUAAAGGUCCUACUGACUUCCGAUAAAGCUGCAGCUAACUUCUCUGAUAGAUCCCUCCUGAAGAACCUGGGCCACUGGCUGGGCAUUAUCACAUUGUCAAAAAACAAACCCAUCUUGUAUACAGAUUUGGAAAUAAAGUCUUUGCUGCUGGAAGCUUACGUGAAGGGACAGCAAGAGCUUCUCUAUGUGGUCCCAUUUAUUGCCAAAGUGUUGGAAUCCAGCGUGAGGAGUAUGAUUUUCAGGCCUCAGAACCCAUGGACUAUGGCAAUCAUGAAUGUACUGGCAGAACUUCACCAGGAGCAUGACUUGAAGCUGAACCUGAAGUUUGAGAUUGAAGUACUGUGCAAGAAUCUGUCCCUGGAUAUCAAUGACCUUAAGCCUGGAAACCUGCUGAAAGACAAAGAAAAGUUGAAGGCCCUAGAUGAGCAGCUUUCCGCACCAAAGAAGGAAGCUAAACCACCUGAGGAAAUGCUACCCAUUGUCCCACCUGGAGAAUUUCUCCCCUUUGCAGCUGCAACGUCUACACCUGCCACAACUACUACAUGCACAGCCACAGGUCCACCAACUCCUCAGUUUAGUUAUCAUGAUAUUAAUGUCUAUGCUCUGGCAGGGCUUGCUCCUCACAUAAAUUUCAACCAAAAUAUACCCUUGUUCCAGGCCCACCUGCAACUGAAGCAGUAUGUGCGGCAAGCUAUAGAGAGGGCAGUCCAGGAGCUUGUUCACCCUGUUGUGGAUCGCUCCAUCAAAAUUGCCAUGACCACCUGCGAGCAGAUUGUCAGGAAGGACUUUGCUCUGGACUCUGAGGAGUCACGCAUGCGUGUUGCCGCACAUCAUAUGAUGCGUAACCUGACAGCAGGGAUGGCUAUGAUCACCUGUAGGGAACCUCUGCUCAUGAGCAUCGCUAGCAAUCUGAAGAACAGCUUUGCUACGGCCCUCAGGGCUCCAACCCAACAACAGAGGGAAAUGAUGGAACAGGCAGCCGCACAGAUAGCCCAGGAUAACUGUGAACUUGCUUGCUGCUUUAUACAGAAAACAGCAGUGGAAAAAGCUGGCCCAGAAAUGGAUAAGAGGCUCGCAACUGAAUUUGAGCUGCGAAAACAUGCCAGACAAGAGGGCCGUCGAUACUGCGAUCCUGUGGUACUGACCUAUCAAGCAGAGCGCAUGCCAGAACAAAUCAGGCUUAAGGUCGGUGGUGUGGACCCUAAGCAGCUGGCUGUUUAUGAGGAGUUUGCACGCAAUGUUCCCGGUUUCCUUCCCAGCAAUGAUCUCUCACAGCCCACAGGUUUCCUGGCUCAACCCAUGAAGCAACCAGCCUGGGCAACAGAUGAUGUGGCACAGAUCUAUGACAAGUGCAUUGCUGAUCUGGAGCAGCACUUGCAUGCAAUCCCUCCUGCGUUGGCUAUGAACCCCCAGACGCAGGCCCUGCGUAGUCUGCUAGACGCUGUGGUGGUGGCAAGGAGUUCACGCGAAACCAUUGCAGCAUUGGGCUUGCUACAGAAGGCUGUGGAAGGAUUACUCGAUGCGACAAGUGGUGCUGAUGCAGACCUCCUGCUCCGGUACCGUGAGUGUCACCUGUUGGUUCUGAAGGCCCUGCAGGAUGGCCGUGCCUAUGGCUCUCAGUGGUGCAACAAGCAGAUCACCAGGUGCUUGAUUGAAUGUCGUGACGAGUACAAAUACAAUGUUGAAGCUGUGGAGCUGCUGAUCAGAAACCAUCUGGUUAAUAUGCAGCAGUAUGACCUACACCUAGCCCAGUCAAUGGAAAAUGGCCUGCAUUAUAUGGCUGUGGCGUUCGCUAUGCAGUUGGUGAAGUUACUUCUGGUGGAUGAGAGGAGUGUGAGCCACAUCACUGAAGCUGACCUGUUCCACACCAUUGAGACACUCAUGAGGACCAGUGCCCACUCCAGAGCAAAUGCUCCUGAGGGGCUGCCCCAGCUAAUGGAAGUGGUCCGGUCAAACUAUGAAGCAAUGAUUGACCGUGCCCACGGAGGGCCUAAUUUCAUGAUGCACUCUGGGAUCUCGCAGGCAUCGGAAUAUGAUGACCCUCCUGGCCUGAGGGAGAAGGCAGAGUACCUACUGAGAGAAUGGGUGAACCUCUACCACUCUGCAGCUGCCGGUCGAGACAGCACCAAGGCUUUCUCUGCCUUUGUGGGACAGAUGCACCAGCAGGGAAUCCUGAAGACAGACGAUCUGAUAACCCGUUUCUUCCGACUGUGCACGGAGAUGUGUGUGGAGAUCAGUUACCGCGCACAGGCAGAACAGCAGCACAACCCUGCUGCCAGUGCUGCCAUCAUCCGUGCCAAGUGCUACCAUAACCUAGAUGCCUUUGUUAGACUCAUCGCACUUCUAGUCAAACACUCUGGAGAGGCGACUAACACAGUGACGAAGAUCAACCUACUCAACAAGGUUCUGGGUAUUGUGGUCGGAGUCCUUAUUCAGGACCAUGAUGUCCGGCAGACUGAGUUUCAACAACUGCCCUAUCACAGAAUUUUCAUCAUGCUGCUGUUGGAGUUGAAUGCACCAGAGCAUGUACUGGAAACCAUUAACUUCCAGACAUUGACUGCUUUCUGGUAAGUUACUGACAGCAGCUAAA